CGCUGUCCCGAGGCAUUGGCAACGAACUCCAGGUGCAAACAUCUCUCUCUUUGUCCUUCGGUCGUUCCCUCGCCGAUCCAGUUGAUAAUCUUUUCAUUGAGUUGAAUUCUUUACGAGAAACCGUUAGGCCUUAGCUGGAGAAGUGAGGUAAUUUAUCCGGAUUCUUACGACUGGUUGAUGAUCUCGAGUAGAAAGGUCAGCCAGAGAGAGUGAUCAUUGAUCUUAUAUCUGGGGAGUUUAUGGUUAGGUACUUUCUUCUUCCUUGGGCAUAUUUUGGUGUGUUUCCUACUAAAUUUGGUAUGCGGGCGUGAAAUCUUUUUCUCUUAUGUUGGUCUCUGGAGUAAAAGAUUAUUGUUUUAGUUGGGACAGAUAAUUAUUGAGUAGAGCAUGAAGAACAGAAGCAAGUGAAGAGUUAACAAGGCAGAGUGUAAGGAUUUGAGUGCGAACUUGGUGAUUUUUGUGCAAUUUUAGGGUGUAUUUGAGAGCAGUUAGGUUAGAGUUAAUAAUCAGUCUGGCCACUGGAACAAAAGUGUUUGCCGGUGUUUUGGGUCAAGCAAUGAAGCUUAGAAUAGGGAUCUGCAUUUGAUGAGGACAUAUGGGGAAGCCAAAUAGUUCCAUUUAUCUAGCUGAAGCCAUGACUGGUGAGGCACCUGGUCACCAUGGUCAAUGGACUCAGUUGGAUUCACUGGACUUUGAAUCUGGAGGUGUGGGAAAAGUCUGUAAAACUGCAGAUAACAAUGUAUCUAUUCAGACUGGAGAGGAGUUCUCCAUGAAAUUUCUGCAGGAGUGUGCUGCUGCUGGAAUUGUUGCCUCUGUGCACGGUAUCAAUCCCAACUACGAGAAGAAGGUUGGAGUUUCUGAUGUUAAGGAUGGCCAAAUGGUUUACGAGGAGUUAGCUCGAAUUCUUUGUCUGAGGAGAAUAGAUUCUGAAUGUGGCUCUGACAUCACAGAAUUUGCUUCAGCCAGAGGAUCCAUGUCACAAAUUGAUAAUGGUGUUUACACAAGUAACGAAAGCAUGCAUUAUAAGGAGAUUGGUGCUAAUGGAACCAAAGCCAAUAUAUUGACAGUGGAUGCAUAUAAUGAUCAGACUGCAGCAGCACUCAAUGUUCCUGUAUUAAAUGAAUCUGAUUCAUCAAGAUCUUUAUAUUCUUCCGCACUAGGAGGUUCUAAUGGUUCCCUAUCUGGGAAGAUAAAAGUUCUUUGCAGUUUUGGCGGUAAAAUACUGCCACGACCUAGUGAUGGAAAACUCAGAUAUGUGGGGGGUGAAACACGCAUAAUAUCUAUCCAAAAGAAUGUUUCGUGGGAAGAACUGGUGAAGAAAACAUCUGGAAUGUGCAACCUAUCUCACUCUAUUAAAUACCAGCUUCCUGGGGAAGACCUUGAUGCCCUUAUAUCAGUAUCUUCGGAUGAGGAUCUGCAAAAUAUGAUUGAUGAGUAUGAUGGAGUUGAGUAUCCUGAGGGUUCUCAACGACUUCGUAUUUUUUUGAUUCCUUUGAGUGAAUCUGAAACAUCAAAUGCAUGUGAUGCUGGUCUUGUUCAGCAGAACAAUACUGACUAUCAGUAUGUUGCUGCUGUAAAUGGCAUUGUAGAGACUGCUCUCUGUAGUACCGUUGGAACUGAUCCUAUCCUACUUAACCACCAACAUGAGCAACCUUCAGGAGAUGAAAUGUUCCAUGCGAUGCCUAAUGAAGAAAACAGUUCAAGAUAUGAAAAAAUCUUUCCAUUUCCUGUGCAUCCUGUUGAAAUUAAGGAUUCCCCUGGUGCCCUUGAUCUGGCAGCUAUUCUUAAUGACACUGAGAAGUUGAUAAGUUCUCGCCCAAUAACUUCUGUUUCAAUUCAGCAAGAAGAUGUGAAUAAUGGCAAGACUACAAUGUACAAAGACAACUCUUCAUUUGGUGGUACCGAUGGUCUGAUGGUACUCAGCUCUGCUUUACCACUUCAACCUGAAGGUUCUAUCAGCUACGCUGCUUCUCAUGAUCCCACUACUCAUGUGGCUGUAAAUUUGAUGAAUUCUCAUGAUCCUGUUACCAAACAAGAUACUGUCCAGCUACAGGAAAUGAACCCCUUGAUUCUGAACAGGGAGAAUUUCCCUAGUCAAGCAAUGAAGCAGGGAAAUGACAAUGUUGGGAUAAGCCAUCCUGAGUGGGUUGCAAACAUGGAAGGGACAUUUGGUUUAGAAGUAUCUCUUCCCCAAAAUGGUAAUUUGGUGGACAUAUUGCCCACAUCUGGUGAUUCCGUUGGCUGUUACCAGGGAAUUCCUCAUGCAUCAUCUGAUCCAAAUCUUCACGGUCAGAGACAGAUGUCUCCUUUCCCUUCUCAUGAAGGAGUCUCACAGUCAUUUUCACUAAAAUUGGAAAAGCCUCCAUCAUCUUGGUGCAGAUUAUCUACUGACCUACUAGAAAAACCAGUGGAACCGCAUGAGAAUGUUGGUUUUGUUAAUACACAGCUUCCAACCAAGGUUUCGAAUGGGGAUCCACUUGUUCCUGCUACAGAAGUUUCAUUUCUAAACCCCUCUUCUGGGUUUCCCACAUCAAGCCAACUUGAAGUUACCGACCUUAUAGGCUAUACUGCUGGUAAAGAGCAACUAUCAGAAACAGAUUUUAGAAGUCAGAUUUCAAUGGUGCAGUCUCAUAAAAAUGGAUGCGAUUUAAAUGUUGCAGCAGGGAAUAGACCUGUUGCCAAUGAUCAUCUAUUAAGCAGCAGCAAUCUUUUUGGUGCUAGUGAUUCGUCAGCUGUUGCAAAUGAGUUGGCAAUGGGAUUGAAAACUAACAACUAUGAAGCAUUUCCCCCCAUGAGUCUUAACUCACCCAAACAAGAUGCACAAGUUUCCAGGAAUGUGAUUCCGGCAUCAGUCAAUGCAAAUCCAUUGAAUGAUCUUGAGUUAGAGCAAGCCCAAAAAAUUCAUGCUGAGAGAACCUCAACUGUGGUAGGAAAGGGUGUCCUGGAAAGCUGUUCUUCCUUCUCCCAUAACUUUGAAGUUGCAGAUCAUACUCAUGGAUGUCAAGAAGAGUCUUACGAUAAUAGCAGCUAUCCUAAUCUCCUUGAUGGGCUAUCUAAUUGUGUAGUUUCACCUGUGGCUGAAAUUUGCCAAUCUUUUGAAGGUUCAAGGGAUGUUAGUCAUAACAAACUUAGGUUUGGGGAGCAUAAUGAUUUGGAUCAAUCUGGUGUUGUUGAUGAUGCAAGAGGGAGUGAAAAUCAGCAUAACUCUGCUACUUUAUCCAAGAGGGAAGUUUCACUGCUAGAUGUCGACCUGCCUAAUUUUCCAGAAAAGAGGGCCAAGAAUCCUGAAUUUGCUGGGACUUUUAAUGAACAGAUGAAAUCACGAGAUGGGCAACUGGUUACUCAUGUCAUGCCGUGUGAACAGAAGCCUGGAUCUGGCACAGAGUUUUCAUCUAUUAUUCCUUUUUCAGAUGUACCAGCUGCUGACAAUGCACAAAUUUUACCAUCGCCUGCAGAUGAAGCACAGAACACUUCACAGGAUCUUGAGGAUGUUAAUGCUGAUAGUCAUGAAGAAGAAUUGUUUAGUGAUGCAAUGAUAGCUGAAAUGGAAGCGGAUUUAUAUGGUCUUCAGAUAAUAAAAAAUGCCGAUCUUGAAGAAUUGCGAGAGUUGGGAUCUGGCACAUAUGGAACUGUUUAUUAUGGAAAAUGGAGGGGUACAGAUGUUGCAAUCAAGAGAAUUAAGAAAGCUUGUUUUUCUGGGAGAUCAUCAGAGCAAGAACGAUUAACCAAAGACUUCUGGCGGGAAGCGCGGAUUCUAUCAAAUCUUCACCAUCCAAAUGUUGUUGCCUUUUAUGGGGUGGUUCCCGAUGGUGUAGGGGGGACAUUGGCUACUGUGACAGAAUUCAUGGCAAAUGGAUCACUUAGAAAUGCUCUACUUAAAAAGGACAAAAUACUUGAUCAGCGUAAAAAGCUUAUAAUUGCAAUGGAUGCAGCAUUUGGCAUGGAGUAUUUGCAUUCCAAAAAUAUUGUCCAUUUUGAUUUGAAAUGUGACAAUUUGUUGGUAAAUUUAAGAGAUCCACACCGACCUAUUUGCAAGGUUGGAGAUUUUGGACUAUCCAAAAUCAAACGCAACACUUUGGUAUCUGGUGGUGUUCGCGGGACUCUACCGUGGAUGGCACCAGAAUUGUUGAAUGGAAGCAGCACUAAGGUAUCUGAGAAGGUUGACGUGUUCUCAUUUGGUAUAGUCCUGUGGGAGAUUCUGACCGGAGAAGAACCUUAUGCAAACAUGCACUGUGGGGCAAUCAUUGGAGGAAUCGUGAAGAACACCCUCCGGCCUCAGAUUCCAGAACAAUGUGAUCCGGAGUGGAGGAGCCUCAUGGAACAAUGCUGGUUGGCCGACCCUGACGGCAGGCCCUCCUUCACCGAAAUCACCUACAGGCUAAGGUCUAUUCACACGGCAAUCGAAGCAAAGGGUCAAUCCAAUUCGGUGAGACACAGAACUAACAAAUAAUCUACACAUCAACUACAGUCAUCGUAUAAUAUAUCUUAUAUCUUGAAGUUUUGUGGUGUUCCUCGUGUUCAUUGUUGGGGUAUGGUCUCUUUUUCCAUUCUUGUGUGUAUUCUUCCUCCCCUCCCUUCCCCUCCAUUACAUACAUAUAUAGUCAUCAUUCUUUGGUUCUUUUUGGGGAUUGAAAGCGUGGUUUGUCUGCUGCAAUAUGCGAUGCGAUUUGUCGGUGUAAAUCGUGAUGCAGAAUAUAUCUGCUGCAUUUGCAUGGCUUCAAAAUUUGAAUUCUGAAGGCUUCUCCACUUUGCCGUUUCUCUUUUCUAUGUAUCAUUUUUUCUUUUUCAUGAUAACAGUGGUAAUGAAUAAUCACAAUACAUGAGUACAAGCUACUCACAUGCACAUUUUAUUAUUUUCUUACUUCAUUUACUA